GGAAAUAAAUCUGCCUAUUUACAUCAAACAUAAACUGGAAAGUUGACUAAUCUUAUGAGAAUAUUCUGUGUAUUUCAACACUUACCCCUUCCAAAUUUCCAAUUAAAGGUGAGAAACUGGUUGUGCUUGAUGUUGGACCAGCCUAGGAGUUGAAAAUGCUUAUCCACUCAAAUUAACCAUCCGACUUUCCUAAUUUCUAAUGUUCAAUGAUUUUUCCCAACACUUGCAGAUUUAUCUUGUAGAAGCAAAAGCUAUUUGCUCCUUCAAGUCAUGUGCUAUGAGUUCUGAUGUUCCCUGGCUGAAUCUUCACCGUUUGCUGUUUCUGUGAAGGCAGUCCAGGCUUGUGGUGGUCAGAUGACUGCAGAUGGCAGACGAUUUCGAACAGGCGGUGGCAUAUUAUGGAGCAUCGUCAAAGCGCGAGAACCAAAAGCGUACAAAGAGAUAAUGAAUAAAGCAAAGGAAUUUGAGAAGCAAUUUAAGCUACCAUAUUCGAAGCAAGCAACAGGGCAAAGAAAAGAUGGCUCGUCUGAAAACGUUACUGGUGCACCCAUGAACGGAACAGCAUCCAAUGUUUCAAAUGCUCUACAAGUCCAGUCGGAAGUGCAGAAUCAAAACGAGCAGUCAAACGAUGAAGAGAAUCGAGUGUCUGUCCGUGAUAGGUUAAGGAUACCUGUUUCUUAUGAUGAUGACCUGCUUGGAGGUGAUCAGAAAGAUGAUACAGUUUGAUUCUCAAAACAAAUUAUUAUUAAUGCUUGGAGGUUUUCUAGCAUUGAUUUCGCUCAAGAGGGCCGAGAAUAAAGAGAAUUGUUAUUAUUUUUCGUGUAAGCAACUAUUGUAAGUUUCUGAGUGUAUCAAUGCUAUAAAAUUUUGUUUGAAGAGAAAUUAUUCUUUU